AUGUUAACUCGAAGCACUAUUAUAAUUCUCUUGAAUCAAACCAACGAAGAGCUUCUCCUGGAUUCACGCUCGCAAUACCUUGACAAUAGUAGAUGGAAGCCAGGCAUGGAACCUCCUAUUUCUAUACUUGCAGGCGAAUAUGGUGUCUGGGCAUCACAAUCCGAAACGACGGGAGGCGGUAAUAAGGGCUCCUUGCAGUAUUCGAUUAGUGGGCUUGCUCUAUAUGAUCCAAUCAUCCUACAUUGGGAUAAUCCAUAUUUUGGAAAAAACAGCUAUGAACCAAGUAGGGUGCCUGAUGGAUUUGAACUCAAGGUUCUCGGAGGCGAAGGGAUCCAUGCAACCGUUGUAUAUGUCUUUAGUGAGCAAUCGUGA